GAUUCUCAGGGAUUUCGAGUUAUCCCGAUCCGAUUUUGUCCCGAUCUUCGCGUCGUUUUAGUCCCGACCCCACGCCGGUGUGCAGUUGACGCCCCCCCACCAGGCGAAGCGUCGGCGCGAGCAGGCCGCGCUGCCGCACCUGCCCGGCAUCAGGCUCGUGGCGUGCGGCGGCGGCGCGCCGAGGCUCGGGCCGAGCCUGCUCGGCGAGGUCUGCGCGCGGCAGAUCGGGCGGUGGCUGGCAGGCGAGAGUUCUGGGGAGUUGGCGUGCCUCUAUUUGGAGAAGAAAAUUAGACUGAAUCAUAAAUUGUGGGAGGUCCGAGCGGGUCUCUUGCAUCGGCGCUGCACCCUCCCAGCCGCGCCUCUGGCGCCGCCCCCGGUGCCGCCCUUGGCGCGCUCCGCACUGCAGGGGUUCGGCGCUGAUCCAAGAAACAGCUGGGAUCUCCCACAGGUUUUAUGAUUGUGCCGAUAUUUUUGUCUUCUCUCCAUGUGGACGACUGGAGCCAGGGGGAGGUCACUUUCCCCGAGCUCCCUGGCGGAGAGCUCCAGACCAGCCUCGCCGUCGUCGCAGGGAUGUUGGCCGACCCGUCGCUCCAGCGCAGCUGCACCUCGCAACUGCUCGAGACCACCUUCGCAUUGGCUCCAGCGAAGGCGGCCCAGGGAGCGGUGCAUGAGGUGCUGGAGCUGGCUAGCGCCGACGUCGCCGACAACGGCGACGUGCUUGCGUCCGCCAUCGAGCACGCUCUUGCCGUCCUCGAAGCGGGCGCCGCAAGGGAGGGGCCGUCCAGGCGCAUGGAGGCGGAGGUGCGCCGCGAGCUGGUGAGGGCGCUGCUGCCCGGCGCCUGCGGCACGGUUGACGACACCGAUCCGGUGAACGACCGGCAGCUCCUGCGAGAGCUGGCGCAGACGCCCCAGCAGGCGAGCGAGGCGGCCUCGCAGAAGGCCGCGGCAUGCCUGCGUCGGGAGGCACAGGCCCUCGACGGCUACCUCGUGCGGCUGCUGCGGCUGAAGCGCGCGCUCGCCUUGCGGCUUGACCAGUGGGAGAAGGUGGACCACUACGCCAUCCUCGGGGUGUCCUCGAGCUGCAGCGACAAGGAGCUGAGGAACGCGUACCGGAAGGCCUGUCUUCGCCUGCACCCCGACAAGGGCGGGGACAAGGAGCAGUUCCAGAGGCUGCAAGACGCGUACGCCUUCUUGCUGGAGGAGCGCGAGAGGCAGGGCCGCGCCGCGCCCGCGCCGGCCCCGAGGCCCCCCGGGGCCUCCGAGCCCCCUGCGCCGGGCGGGCCGCCGGGGCCCGACGUGCCCGCCGCUCCCGGCGGGCCGGGCGCGGCCCGCGGCGGCGGGCGCGGCGCCCGGCCUCUCGCGCUCGAGGGCGCGGCCGGGCCGCCCCGCGCCGGCGCCCCGGCCGCAGCGGCGGAGGAGUGCGCCAGCAGCGCCGAGGAGCGCGCGCGCUCCGCUGAGGACGCGGCGGCGCGGGUGCAGGCGCUCCGGAAGGCCGUGGGCGGCGAGGGGCUCGAGAGGCUGCGCGCGGCCCAGGAGGCGGGGGAGGCGCUGCAGCGGCUGAGCCGCGCGGCCGGGGAGCUGGGCCCGAGGCUCGGGGAGCUCGCCAUGGAGGUGGCGGAGUGCAGCCUGGCGCUCUCGGCGCGCUUCUCGGCGGUGCCUGCCUCCAUGCUGCUCACGGACGUGGCCCUCUCGUGCACCUUCGAGGCCUGCCGCAUGCAGCACGCCGCGCGGCAGCUGCUCGAGGUCGGCAGGGAUACGGCGUCGACGCUGCAGGCGCUCAAGAGCAGCCUGGACAUGGGGAGGGUCGUCGGAACGGUGGACGGCGAGACGCUGAAGCUCUCUCUCGGCCUGCUGGGCAAGGCCGCUGCGCGGAUGCUCUCGUCGCUCCGGCAGCUCGCGAGCGCGGUGCGGGACGCCGCGCAGCGUGGGCGCCAGUGCGGCGCCCGCGCCAAGAUGGUUGCCGCCUUCGCUGAGCGGCGGGCCGCGUCGGAGGAGGCCGCCGCCGACGAGCCGGCCGCGGCCGCGAUCGGAGGCCCGGAGGGCUGGGCCCCCGGACAGCCGGCGCCCGAGGCGAGCACCGGCCCGGAGGGCCGAGGCGCGCCCGAUGGGCAGGGCGCCCAGCAGGGCGCGGCGCCGGCGGCCCCGUGCGGCGGGCAACCCCAGGUGGCUCCGCCGCCGCCCGGCUGCGCACAGGCGGCCGCCAUGGCCAGGCUGCUCGAGGCUCGGAUGCAGAACGACAGGCUGCUGAGGCAGCUGAACGCCGACGUCCUGCAUUUGCAGCAGCGGUCGCGCACGUCGCGCGGCAGCUGGGCGUCCCCGCGGCCCUGGCGGCCCUGCCCGUCGGCGCCCGGGCGCAGGCGGCGCGCCUCGCCGCCGAGGUGCUGCAGGCCGCCGCCGAGGUCGCGGCUGCGGAGCUGGGCGGGCUGGCGGCGUCCGCGUCUGCGGCGGCCGUGGAGGGGGUCCUCGAGCGGCACCUCGGCUUCGUGGAGGUCUCGCGCUGCAAUUGUGCCGAGGACUUGCGGGCGCAACUCGUGCGGCUGGCGGCGAUGCUGGACGCGGACGGACUGUCGGCGGCGCUGCAGAAGGAGGUCGGGCCUCUCUUGGCAGCGUCGCUGCCACCGGGAGGGGAGCCGGUCGCGGCCCUGGGCCGCCGGCUGGAGGCCAUGCGGGGUGCCGCAGUGGCCGCCCGGUUGGCCUGAGGUGCGGCGGUCAGGGCCGGCGGGCGAGUAUGGCUGGCACGCGGAGUUGAAGCCUCCCAAGCGCCAGGUGUUACUUGAGGCCUCCGAGCGCACGCUCAGCGUGGAGCACCCCAACACCCUGUGCUGGUGGUGA